CGAUCAACUAGCUCUUGCAGCUGCUGUAAUUACUGCUGCGGGAGAAAGUGGACCUUCUCCAGUCCGCGCGCCCGCCCUCCCCCAUUGAGGAGAGCCACCGCCUCUUUUCUCGUUCUCCUUAUACACGUAUUGCCGGGAGCGGCAGCAGCAGCAGUCCCUGGACUCAGCGCCGUCUCCUCUCAUUAGACGGCCGCUUUGCCGGUCAUUCCCGUAGCCAGGCAGCUGACGGCGCCCCCCUGCUCCUAACCGGCUCCUCUCUCCAGAUCGUCUGUUCCCUCCUCAUCCUCGCGCGGGUCCCACCACCCCACGGUCUCGCCAGGGUGGAGGACGGCUAGCAGGAGACGAGAGUCACCCUCCCAGGCGACGUCGGCCCCCUUGCCCGCGGGUGUGUCCUAUAAAUGGCGUCGGAAAGCGACACCGAGGAAUUCUUUGAUGCCCCCGAAGAUGUGCACCUAGGAGGCGGCUACCCUGUAGGGUCUUCAGAAAAGGUUGGAAUUUCAACAUUAGAGGAAACAGAGAACACUGCACACAAAGUUGGAAAUGAGUCACCUGUACCAGAAUUGAAACAAGAUGUGUCUAAAAAGAUUAUUGAAAGUAUUAUUGAAGAGAGUCAGAAAGUACUACAGCUUGAAGAUGACUCUUUGGAUCCCAAAGGAAAAGGACACUCUCUUCAGGCUACUGCCAGUCCUCUCAUGGCUGAAACAGAUCUUAGCAAUAUACCUGGACUGUUAGCCAUAGAUCAAGUACUACAGGAAGAUUCCAAAAGGGCAGAGAGUCAGAAUGCACUUGAAGAAACUGAAUUAGAGUCAAAAACAGAUUUUUCUUCUGAUGACACCUCUGAGAAGCCAGUGAAUGAAACUCCUAAGUUAACUGAAGUAAGUUCAACAGAGCAGCUUAAUGUGCCUGAAACUGAAACAGAAGCAUUGAACAAGGAAGUAGUGGAAAUCAAAGGAAGUGAUAUUCUAGAAUCUGCAUCCUCAAACUCCUCAUCGGCUAAAGAUUGUGCUACUGUGGAAGAAUUGGCUCCUGCCAAACCCCCAAGACAGCUUACUCCAGAACCUGAUAUAGUAGCUAGUACAAAGAAGCCUGUUCCGGCACGCCCACCCCCUCCAACUAAUUUCCCACCUCCUAGACCACCACCUCCAUCUCGACCUGCUCCACCACCAAGAAAAAAGAAAAGUGAAUUGGAGUGUGAGGCUCUUAAAACGCCUGAUCUGGAUGUUCCCAAGGAGAAUAUUACAUCUGAUACUCUAACUACGAACAUGGCUUCAGAGGGUACAAUCAAGGAUUCUCAGCCUUCUCUUGAUUUGGCAAGUGCUACCAGCGGAGAUAAAAUAGUUACUGCCCAGGAAAAUGGAAAAUCUCCUGAUGGGCAGACAAUAGCAGGUGAAGUGGUGGGCCCUCAGAGACCUAGAUCCAACUCUGGGAGAGAGCUUACUGAUGAGGAAAUUUUAGCCAGUGUGAUGAUUAAGAACCUGGAUACUGGAGAAGAAAUACCUUUGAGUCUUGCGGAAGAGAAACUGCCAACAGGUAUUAAUCCUCUUACUCUACACAUCAUGCGAAGGACGAAAGAAUAUGUAAGUAAUGACGCAGCACAGUCAGAUGAUGAAGACAAGUUGCAGUCUCACCCAACAGAUACUGAUGGUGGAAGGUUAAAACAGAAAACUACUCAACUGAAGAAGUUCCUAGGAAAAUCAGUGAAGAGAGCAAAGCACCUUGCUGAGGAAUAUGGUGAACGUGCUGUAAAUAAAGUUAAAAGUGUUAGAGAUGAAGUGUUUCAUACUGAUCAAGAUGAUCCUUCAUCAAGUGAUGAUGAAGGAAUGCCAUACACAAGACCAGUUAAAUUCAAAGCAGCACAUGGUUUCAAAGGACCUUAUGAUUUUGAUCAGAUAAAAGUGGUGCAGGAUCUUAGUGGUGAACAUAUGGGAGCUGUUUGGACAAUGAAAUUUUCUCACUGUGGCAGAUUACUUGCCUCAGCUGGACAAGACAAUGUAGUGAGAAUCUGGGCUUUAAAAAAUGCUUUUGACUAUUUCAACAAUAUGCGAAUGAAAUACAAUACUGAAGGACGCGUGUCGCCAUCACCCUCUCAGGAGAGCCUGAAUUCAUCAAAAUCUGAUACAGAUACAGGGGUAUGCAGUGGAGCUGAUGAAGACCCUGAUGAUAAAAAUGCACCAUUUCGACAACGGCCAUUUUGCAAAUAUAAAGGACAUACUGCUGAUCUCCUUGAUCUUUCAUGGUCAAAAAACUACUUUCUGCUUUCUUCUUCGAUGGAUAAAACAGUCAGAUUAUGGCAUAUUUCCAGAAGAGAAUGCCUUUGCUGUUUUCAGCACAUAGAUUUUGUCACUGCCAUAGCUUUUCAUCCAAGAGAUGACAGGUAUUUUCUAAGUGGGUCAUUGGAUGGAAAGCUCCGUCUUUGGAACAUACCUGACAAAAAAGUGGCUUUGUGGAAUGAAGUAGAUGGUCAAACAAAAUUGAUCACAGCAGCAAAUUUCUGCCAAAAUGGCAAAUAUGCGGUGAUUGGGACAUAUGAUGGCAGAUGCAUUUUCUAUGAUACAGAGCAUUUGAAAUACCACACACAGAUACAUGUCCGCUCUACCAGAGGACGCAACAAGGUUGGAAGAAAAAUUACUGGCAUUGAGCCUUUACCAGGAGAAAAUAAGAUACUGGUAACCUCAAAUGACUCCAGAAUCAGACUAUAUGAUCUUAGAGAUUUGUCACUUUCCAUGAAGUAUAAGGGGUAUGUCAACAGCAGCAGCCAGAUCAAAGCCAGUUUCAGCCAUGAUUUUAGUUACCUCGUUAGUGGCUCAGAAGAUAAGUAUGUUUAUAUCUGGAGCACUUACCAUGACCUAAGCAAGUUUACUUCAGUCAGAAGAGAUCGUAAUGACUUUUGGGAAGGUAUUAAAGCACAUAAUGCAGUUGUUACAUCGGCCAUCUUUGCUCCAAACCCAAGUUUGAUGUUGUCUUUAGAUGUGCAAUCUGAAAAAUCAGAAAGCGAAGAUGCUGAAGUUUUAGAUACCAUGUCCUCUGGUAUUACGAAGACAGAUAACACAGAAGUUCUUCUCUCUGCUGACUUCACUGGAGCAAUCAAAGUGUUUAUUAACAAAAGGAAAAAUGUAUCUUAAUUUGAAAUGUCAUUUAAAAUAAACAUAUCAGUAAGUUUCUAUAUGUAUCAGAACUGAAAAAAAUAUUAUAGUGUUUCACAGGCUAACAUCUUUUUUUUUUUUAAUUUUUGUUGGAAGUUGUUCAAAUAUAAUAUAUUUUUUGAGAGGCAGUGUUAAUGAUCUAGUUAACCCUGGACUGACAGACUAGAAGGGAAUGUGGCUAGAAUAACAUUGCCAGACAUUAGGCUUUACAUUUUGUUAUAUUUGUGUUUUUGUUAUAUAAUUGUGAACUUGCACAGGUUUCUGCAUGAAAAUAUAUUAAUAUAUUAAUCCCGUGUGUGUGCCUUUUGGUUACAUGCACUAAAUCUUAACAAAAUUAAAUUAUUUCAAUGGCUCAUUUGGCCUCUUAUUGGGGAAGGAGUCUUGUUUCUAGCUUAAACAAUUUCUUUUGCACAAGAUUUCAUUUUUUAAAAAAGUGGUAUCUUUUGACUGAGUUAUUGUUUUAAAAAUGUUAUAUAGGUUUUCAAUAGGUCAACAACCAUGGGUAAAUGGUUUUUAUAAAUUUCUCAAUUUGGGGACAAGAUUUUUCUUGUGGUCUAACUUGUGGACUUAAGAUUCUUUUCUUUGUAUGUGUAUAUAUAAUUUUUUUUGCCACACUGGAGCACAAUGUUUCUAUGUAAAGAAUUUUUUUCAUUCUUUAUCCAUGAGCACCAGGCUUUGCUCACUUAAAAAAAAUUAAGCCACAUUAAGGAGUGAGUCUUCUUUUUUACAAUAAUGUAAAAAUGAACUGUUUACAUUUUUUUAAAGCAUUGUAGUUUUAAAAACUAAGCCGUUUUGUUUUGUGUUGUUGAAUUUGAAAGCCUUUGCAAAUAUUGAUAUAAUGUACCAAUGAAAUAACAUCUGGGGCAAUGGCACCCUGAUA